GUUGAUGGAUCUUUUUUUUUAGUAGACGUAAUACAAUAAAAAUAACAAGUAAAAUAAAUAAAGGUGUUUUUUACUCUUGUGAUAUAAUUAAUCGUAUAUUAAACCCCUUAAUAUGGAUACUCUAAUUACCUUUAAUACUAAAAUUAUGAGCAAAAUAAGAACUGCGGGCGAUGGAAUGGAGUCAGAGGAUCGUGUUGAUGAGAAUACGGAAGAUAAGAAAGUUCCAACAUUUGUGAAAAGCAAUAGCAAAACAGCCUUACUGCCUGGUCGCCUUGUGCAGAUUUAUCCCUCUAAAUUUGUUACUCCGGAGAAGAAAAGCUCUCACAUAUACUCAAAAACCCCUAAAUUCGUUCCUUAUGAACCUUAUCCUGGUGCUGUUAAGCCGAUGACACUGCAUUCUGCUUCGAAGAGCAAAAAAUCUAAGAAUCAUAUGGACAUAAACAAAUUAGUAUCCCAAAUGUCACAAAUGAACACAAAUAUUAAUGAAUUCAAACCAAGGCAUAAACUUACAUCGUGCAGUGAAAGAUCUGAAGGUGAACCUAUCAAUACAAAUGUUGAUAAAGAAAUGCAAAAGAAAAUUGAUGAAUUGACAAAGGAAAAUGAAAAUUUGAAGGAGCAACUUAAACAACAAGCACAGGUAAAUAAGGAAUUAAAGACAAUGCUGGUGGCUUCAAUGGGUGAGGACCUUGAGUUCCAAGUACAUUCACUGAACGAGGAUAAAAAACACUUGGCAAAUGCUUUGGUCAACUCUGCCCAACAUUUGUCAACCCAUCAGGAGCAAACAGAAUGGCUUGCUGGGCAAUGCGAAGUUUGGAGGAGCAAAUUUUUAGCUAGCAGCUUAAUGAUCGAAGAACUAGCGCUGUGUAAAAAGGUGCUUAGUGAGAAAACAGUGACUCUACAGCAGGCAAUAAAGCAGUUACUAGAGGAAAAGUGCAGAGUGAGGGAUAUGCUGACUUGUACAUACAAAAACCUGUACAGCCUUCAUGAGAACUGGCUCGAAAGUGUUGCCAUUUCAGAAUAUUCAGGCAAACAUAACAGACCGAUUGGUAAACUCAAUUUCACCACAACAAUGCCCCAUUCAGCUAACGCCCUUGAUUUGGCGUCGAUAAAUUUGAAACUAUCCGAGAAUAUAAGCAGUAGGCUUGAGAAACAAGAUAUAAGUCACUUGGAUACAUUAACAACAGCUACUGAAGCAGAAAUGAAUGCCGAAAAGGUAAUGGCAAUGCCAUUUGACAUAAAGAAAGUGGAUGAGGAGCCGGUGAAUGCUUUGGUCCACCGCGCUUACAACAGCAGCGGCAACGCCACUCCGCCGGUCGCGGCCUGCGUGCACUGCAACGGCAGGGUCCAGUUACUAUAAUGAUAAACCAACGACUUCCAUACACAGGUCUCUAUCUCUUUCUCUGCGUUGUAUUCCUCAAUACUAAGGCUAAGAUCUAUCUACUUUGACUUU